AGUUAUAAGAAUGAAAGAAAAUUUAGUAGUCAUCCUCAUCACAAACUCUUUUUGGAGAUUUUCACUGCACUGGUAAAGCAAAGACUAACAUGCAGAGAAUGGGUGGUCAGAGUUCCACCUGCUAAUUUUCUCCGGGUGCUAAUCUGUCUGAGAUUAAUAAUGAGGGAUCCAUUUUAUCAGAAAGUUUUCAAUGAACUUGGAGGUGUUGAGAGCUUGGCACAGUAUAUGGAAACAGUGGCACAUGGCUACCUUGGAUAUGGAGGACAACAGUUUGUUGUUGACAGAUUGGUCACUGUGACAUAUAUUUUUCAAAAACUGGCAGCUGUUGUAGAACAAAGAGAAUGGAUAAUUGCAUGUGGAGCACACAAGACCCUGGUAAAGCUACUUGCAGCCAAGGACAAUAAUGUAUUACUGGGUGCUCUCCUUGCUCUCACCAGCUUAGCUGAAAGUCCAGGGUGCAGAGCAAAGAUAGGUGAACUCACUAUUGUAGAAAAUCUGUUAUCAAUUUUACAAGAAUAUGAUUUGUUAUCAAAAAGAAUGACUGCUGAGCUGCUUCGUCUACUCUGUGCAGACGCUCAAGUGAGAGAACAAGUGAAGAUCUAUGAAGGGAUUCCUAUAAUGCUUAGUUUGCUGCAUUCUGACCAUCUCAAAUUGCUGUGGAGCGUUGUUUGGAUUUUAGUUCAGCUCUGUGAGGAUCCUGAUGCCAGCACAGAGAUUCGAUUGUGGGGGGGCAUCCAACAACUGCUCCACAUUCUACAAGGAGAUAGAAAUUUUGUAUCGGAUCGCUCUUCAAUUGGAAGUUUGUCUAGUGCUAAUGCUUCAGGAAGAAUUCAACAAGUUCAGCUGUCUGAGAAACUGAGCAGUCAGGAAAUUCAAGAGAAUACCUUAUCCUUGCAAGAAGCAUGCUGUGCUGCUAUUACUGAGCUGGUGCUUAAUGAUACAAAUGCUCAGCAGGUUGUACAGGGGAAUGGCAUUUAUGUGAUUGGGAAGUUAAUUCUACCAAGCAAACAAAGGAAUGCACCAAAAGCAGAUAUCUUGCAGUGCUAUGCAUUUAGAGCUUUACGUUUUCUCUUCAGCAUGGAAAGGAACAGACAAUUAUUCAAAAGGUUAUUUCCUCCUGACAUGUUUGAGAUGUUCAUUGAUGUUGGACAUUAUGCUCGUGACAUUCAUACAUAUGAAAACUUGGUAACUAAGUUGAACUCUUUAACUUCUGAUGAACUAAAACAAAUCACUGAAAAUAUUGAAGGAGUUAACCAAAAUAAAGCUCCAACAAAAUUUAUCGGUAAUUAUGCCAUUUUAGACUAUCUUGGGAGUGGAGCAUUUGGGAAUGUUUUUAAGGUUAGGAAAUACAGUGGACAGAAUCUGCUAGCGAUGAAAGAAGUUAAUUUGCACAAUCCAGCUUUUGGAAAAGACAAAAAAGACCGGGACAGCAGUGUAGAGAAAAUUGUGUCUGAACUAACAAUAAUUAGGGAACAGCUCCAUCAUCCAAAUGUAGUGAGAUAUUACAAGACUUUUAUAGAAAAUGAUCGAUUAUAUAUAGUUAUGGAACUGAUCGAAGGAGCACCCCUUGGUGAGCACUUUAAUUCCCUCAAGGAAAAGCAACAAGAGUUUACAGAAGAAAGAAUAUGGAAUAUAUUUAUACAAAUAUGCCUUGCACUGCGUUAUUUGCACAAAGAAAAAAGAAUUGUCCACAGGGAUCUUACACCCAACAAUAUUAUGCUGGGUGAGCAAGACAAGGUAACAAUAACUGAUUUUGGCCUUGCAAAACAGAAGCAAGAAAACAGCAAGAUGACUUCAGUUGUUGGGACUAUACUAUAUUCUUGCCCAGAAAUAGUGAAGAGCGAGCCAUAUGGAGAAAAGGCAGAUAUCUGGGCAGCAGGAUGCAUCCUCUAUCAAAUGGCAACUUUGAAUCCUCCUUUCUAUAGUAGUAACAUGCUCUCCUUGGCAACAAAGAUUGUAGAAGCAGCAUAUGAACCAGUACCAGAAGGAGUCUAUUCUCACAAAGUAUUAGAGACUAUCAAAAGGUGUUUGACCUCGGAUUCAGAAGCACGACCAGAUGUUGUAGAAGUAAGUGCGAUGAUUUCAGAUAUUAUGAUGAAAUACAUGGAUAACUUAAGCACAAUGCAGAUAACUAUGGAGAAAAAGCUUGAUCGGGAGAGAAGGCGCACACAGAGAUACUUCAUGGAAGCUAACAGAAAUGUAAUGACUUACCACCACCAGAUCUCCAUGAUAUCACAUCAGCAUUAUGAUAAGUCAAGUCUGGGAAGCAGCAGUGGAACAGCCAGUCUGAAGAGUGAGUCAUCGGAAACAAGUGAUAACCCAUUAGAUGACACACAUGCACUGCUUGUUAAAGAUAGGGAUGAGAGACUGAAUGAUGCAGUAUUUCUUGAGAACAUUAAUUCUGCAGAAAACACAGAAAAAGAUAUAUGUCCAGAAAUGGAUAGUGAAUUGAACAUCUCAGAUCACUCCGGCAGAUCCAGUCCUAGCCCCAUAAAGGAUUCUACCCUAAGUCACAGUUCUUCCUCUAAUUUGUUUAGUCAGGGAAGAUUUCCUCAAUCACCAUCCAGAGCAGGAGCAGUGCACCUAAGCAACAGUCUUCAAUCAUAUUCCCUUGAAAGCUCUGGCUGCCUUGAUAUAACAGAGGAGAGUUCUAAACUUCUAUCCACUUUGUAUGAAGACGUGUUUCCUAAUUACACUCCCGAAAGCUAUAAUUCCCCGGCCUACGUGCUGAUGCUAGAUCUCAGUCCUAAUUUUCAUCAAGCCCAUGAGCACAAAGACCCCAGCACUGAUGAGUCAAUGAAAAUCAGACCACUGCUAGCGCGGCAGCAGACUCCAGAUCUCCUACAACUAGGCUUACUUCUGCCAUUACCUUCAGUUGGAAUCAGAGCUUGUACGAAGAGAACAGGAAAUUCCUUAAGCUCAGGGUGGCAGUGCCAUAGCCUACCAGAUAUAGUGCUUCGAAGAUUGAAAGAUCAUGCAUCUGCAGGAAUAGCAGUGUCUCAACGGAAAGUACGUCAAAUCAGUGACCCAAUCCAACAGAUUCUCAUUCAGCUGCACAAAAUCAUCUAUAUUACACAGCUUCCACCUACUUUACAUCACAACUUUCGAAAAAGUGUUAUUGAAAGGUUUAAAAAGUCAUUGUUUAGUCCACAGAGCAAUCCCUGCAACUUGAAAGCUGAGCUUAAAAAGCUCCUUCAAGGGUCCCCUGAACUGAUCGAACUGAACUUUGUGACAGCGGAUUGUAAUUUAAUGCGUCAGACAACAAGAGAGAAUGCAGCAUUCCCUGGAGACAGGGCAGUGAAUACCUACAGCUAUGAAUAUGAGGAAGGAAUAACAUACGAGCAGAUGCAGACCAUGAUUGAAGACGUUCUGAUUGAAAGUGGUUAUUAUGAUAUCCUGAACACUGUUAACAGGCUUAAAAUUGGCUGGUCGGUAUUCCCAGUCUUCUGA